AUGGGCUUUCCAUUUAAGAAGCGAGUGAAAGAAAUUUUUUAUUCGGAUCCUGCAAUGCAAAUAUUGAAGGGAAUUGUCGCGCGAGACCUCGAACACUCUGAAGGCACAGCAACGAUCACAGCCGGCGGCGUAGGCUUUACCUUCGUGAACAUUCGGCUAAAGAGCGAGCGUGGGAGUGGACUUAAUUACCAAAUUGAACUUUACGUU